GACUUGAAGACUACUGACAGAAUGCACAUGGUGACAGUCAUGCAGCAGGGUGUAUGGGCUGUCUUGCUCUUGCCCUAUCUUCUUACCGUAAGCAUCCCGCUAGACUGUAGGGAGGAGCAGGGUAGCCUCUCCCGCUGCCCUUCCAUCUCCCAAGAGAAACUCCUAGACCGAGUCAUCCAGCAUGCUGAGCUAAUCUACCGUGUCUCAGAAGAAUCAUGCUCUUUGUUUGAGCAGAUGUUUAUCCCGUUCCCAUUGCAGCUCCAGAGGAACCAAGCAGGCUAUGCAUGCAUCACAAAAGCUUUACCCAUCCCCAGCUCCAAAGGUGAAAUCCAACAGAUAUCUGACAAAUGGUUGCUCCACUCUGUGUUGAUGCUCGUCCAGUCGUGGAUCGAGCCUUUGGUCUACCUGCAGACCUCACUGGAUCGCUACGAUGCCGCUCCUGACAUGCUGCUCAACAAGACCAAGUGGGUGUCUGAGAAACUGAUCAGUCUGGAGCAAGGCGUUGUGGUCCUCAUCAAGAAGAUGUUGGAUGAGGGAAUGUUGACCGCAACCCGCAGUGAACAGGGCCUAUUCCAGUAUGAUGUGCAGCCAGAGAUGCUGGAAUCUGUGAUGAGAGACUAUACCUUACUCAGCUGCUUCAAGAAAGAUGCCCAUAAGAUGGAGACUUUCCUAAAGCUACUGAAAUGUCGACAAACUGACUUAUACAACUGUGCAUAAGACAUGAAGCGAAAUGUUUAAAUAAUACAGCUUUAAAUGAAUUCCUAAGGUUGGUAGCCGUGCACUUAAAGACAUGACCAUGCCUUAGGCGAUUCAGCCUUGCUUGAAUUGCAGUACAUUCUUUAUUGAUUGUUUUGGAACACCUUCACACAAACCUAGUAGGUGUAAUGCUGUGCCCUUUCUACAACACUGCAUUUUAUAUUUCCCUUCUCACUUGUUUUUUUAACCUGGCAAAGGCAACAGAGGGCAAACUCCCAAAAGAUUAGUUGCGUGUCGAGCUGUCAAAAAAAUCUGCAUAUCCUACGAUUGAUUUCCAUUUCCUUUGUUCUUAACUGGAGUUUGUAUUCCUCGCUGGCUCUUGCAGUGUUUUGAUUAUUCCCACGGCCCCCAGAGAAUUCAGUGAGACGGUUUCACUUCUGCAUUAGUGAAAUGAAACACUUUCACCGGAGAUGGGAGUCAAGCAGAGAGCAAUCACUACUUUAAAUAAGACACACAUUUUGAUUGGUGUAAGAGAGUGUGAGGGAAACAGUGAGAGGGAACAAAUAACAGUUAAAAUGAGGGGUAAUGCUAAUCUGGAGUUUAAGGUUGGCGCUCAUGACAGAAUCAGGAAUAUUCCCAUGCCUAAAUAUGCCUAAUUUAACCUAAAUAUAAUAUAAUAACUUAUUCACUUGAAAUGAUAAAAGGAGAUACAUCUUAGAUUUGAAUUGUUAGAUGUUAUGAAUAUGUAAUGCAGAAAUCAAACUAUUUAUGCAAUCUUUUGUGUAAAUAGAAGAACCCCAAUGUACAGUGGAAACCUUUCUAAUGGACUGCUGAUUUAAGGCACUAAUAAAGCAAAUUGUAGAAUAAAA